GUGGGAGUACCCUGCAGUUUUGAAACUUUUGGAUACAGCUGGGACGCUGGACACCAUGCACACGGAUGUGGUGCUGCUCAACCUGCUAGUUUGGAUGGCCGGCGUGUCUGGUCAAACGCGUCCGAAAGGACAAAUACCGCAGCCAUCCCGACAUGUAAGAUCAAAAAGAGAAAUGCCUCUAGCAGAAGCAUUUGGACGCAAGAUUGGCAGCCCCAUGAUAAGGAGGAAUCCAGAUCUAACUAAAACCUGGAGUACAAAGUCGGAGCAGCUGCUGAGGAUAGAUGACCAUGACUUUACAUUGCGACCAGGAUUUGGAGGGCCUGCAGUCCCCGUUGGAGUGGAUGUUCAGGUUGAAAGUUUGGAUGCUAUUUCAGAGGUCGAUAUGGACUUUACUAUGACGCUGUAUCUGAGGCACUACUGGAAAGAUGAGCGUCUUUCCUUCAGAAGCAACACCAACUUGAGCAUGACCUUUGAUGGCCGUCUGGUGAAAAAAAUCUGGGUACCUGACAUGUUUUUUGUCCACUCAAAGAGGUCCUUCACCCAUGACACGACCACUGACAACGUCAUGCUGCGAGUUUAUCCAGAUGGCAAGGUCCUCUACAGCCUACGGGUGACAGUCACAGCCAUGUGUAGCAUGGACCUGAGUCGCUUUCCUCUUGAUACACAGACAUGCUCUUUGGAGAUAGAGAGCUAUGCGUAUACAGAUGAUGACCUGAUGCUGUACUGGAAGGAAGGGAACAAGUCAUUAAAUACAGAUGAGAGAAUUUCUCUCUCCCAGUUCCUCAUCCAGGAGUUCCACACCACCACCAAACUGGCAUUCUACAGCAGCACAGGCUGGUAUAACCGUUUGUACAUCAACUUCACUCUGCGGCGUCACGUCUUCUUUUUCCUGCUGCAGACCUACUUCCCUGCUACUCUGAUGGUCAUGCUGUCCUGGGUGUCCUUCUGGAUUGACCGCAGGGCCGUCCCAGCUAGAGUGCCACUAGGCAUAACUACGGUGCUCACCAUGUCCACCAUCAUCACUGGAGUCAACGCCUCCAUGCCCAGAGUGUCGUACAUCAAAGCUGUGGAUAUUUACCUCUGGGUCAGUUUUGUCUUUGUGUUCUUGUCUGUGCUUGAAUACGCUGCUGUCAACUACCUGUCUACUCUACAAGAACGCAAAGAGAGGACACUCCGAGAGAGGCUGCCAUGUACCUGUGGUAUAGCCCAUCCUGGCAUGAUGUCAGCAAGUUACAGUGAGAUGGACCCCAAUACAACAGGCAACUACGGCAUGCCAGAAGAGAACGGGAUGAAACAGGAGAGGAUGCUGGUGCAGCUGGCGAUGGAGAACGACCAGGUCACUGGCCAUGUUGGCUCCAGCCCCUACAGCAAUGUCUGGAUCGACACACAUGCUAUUGACAAGUACUCCCGGGUCAUCUUUCCUGGAUCUUACAUCCUUUUUAACAUCAUCUACUGGUCUAUCUACUGUUAACACAGAGUCAAACAGACCUGUUUGGCCAGCAGAAGUGUCACAAAUCUGCCUCCCUGCUUGUCACAGUGGUUCGCAGAUGGACUGAUGAGAAUGAAGAUUUGAACUCAAAGCUUGCAAAUUGAGGCUUC